CAAAAACAAAGAAAAUGAAAUUCCAAUCAAUCCUCGUAUUCUUGGUUGCCAGUUUGGCUGCUGGAACCUAUGCUGUUGCUCCUGCUCAAACACCAUGUGAAAUCGUUCUCAAAGGUCAAUUUACUCAUACGACCGGUGGACAAUCUGGCUGCUUUGGAACUGAUCCUAAAGAUCCCAUAAGUGUAGCCAGUGCUCCCAGCAACAUUGUUUACAAAUUUUACAGUGGCGAAAAUUGUAAAGGACUUAUUUUCACUGGCUCUGGUGUCACCAACUUUAUUCCUCCAUUGCAAACCAAGUCUACUAGAUUAGUUUGCCCACCACCACAAUAA